AUGAGGUCAACCUUCCUCCUUGUCGCAUCUCUUCUUGGUGCUCUGGCUGUGCCAGUGGAUGUGGUCACUGCCGACGAGGAGGCAGACUUUUAUCGGGGAGAUUACGAUGCUCACCCGAAAGAACUGAAACCGGUUUACGAGGGAAUCGUCCGCAGACGUGGAUUGUCCAAAAACCUGAACUGCACCUUCAACGAUCACUACUUCGUGUCCGAUUGCAUAUUGUUGGAUGACGUAACCAACACAUUCGAUCGCUUGGCACUUCGAGUCCAUAUGUACGACCGCAACACUUCUGGAACGCCGGAAAAAAUCUAUGGCACCUUUUCCCCGGAUACGGGUUUUCAUGCCAGUAAUCCUCAAGUCCAUAUGCUGUUCGACGCUCCUGUGCCCGGCGCUGCCAAGGUAGUUGAAAUAGAUAUGGAGAAGCAGUUCGGCGUGAAGGUAGCGCCCAUCAGCAGCAUCUCACAAUACCAGAUACUGCAAGCGAUCCACACUGAUGUCCUUUUGGACGAGAAUAGGUAUGAGAUCGAAGCUUUCGUUUUCGAGAUUCAUCACGUCCAAUCGAACACGAUUUUGAGAAAUGAAGUCGAAGCGCCCUGCUUCGACUGUUUGAAAAAGUUUCCUUCGAAGAAGGUGUUAGACAGCGAAACCAUCAACGGCGUGUUAUACCCAGUCUGGAAGCAUCCUCUGGAGCUGAAGGAGUGGACGGUCCGCGAGCGACUGUAUCCGGGGACCAUGCACACCUCCGGGCCUUGCUUGCCUAAAACCUUUAACCAGCGAAAAUGCGAUCGUGACCCAAUCUAUCACGGAUACCCGCCGGUUUUGGCCGUGGCCUAA